AUGUUUCGACUGUGUUUCGCUUCUAUGGGUAACAUGGCCACUAAGGCCAAGGAGGAGAACGGGAAUGUUCCCAACGGCAUCUCCUGCGAAAAUUGCAGCAGCUGCUCUUGCAGGUCAACUACACAGAGGGUUAUCGUUGGUGGUGCGAAGUUCAGCAAGCGAAUGGAGUACCUUCGAGAUCCGCGCAUUGCCAGGGGACUGUCGUUCUCAGUUCGCGAUCGCGAAUCAAUGUCGGUCAAGGGCCUGCUACCUCCGGCGGUGAGGACAACCGAACUCGAGAUGAAAGCUGUCCUCCUCAACUUGAGCUUGUAUUCCACGCCUCUCGCCAAGUACUGCUAUCUGAGGGAACUUCACGAUUACAACGAGAAGCUCUUCUUCCGGGUUAUGAAAGAUCACACCGAGAUGCUCAUGCCUCUGGUGUACACCCCGACCGUCGGCGACGCUUGUCUGAAGUAUUCCCUCAUCUUCAGGAGGCCAAAAGGUCUCUUCAUCUCUAUCAAGGACAAGGGCAAGGUGAGCGAGGUCCUCGCCAAUUGGCCCGAGAAAGAGGUUGAAAGCAUCGUCGUGACCGACGGUGAACGCAUUCUCGGCCUCGGUGAUCUCGGAGCCAACGGCAUGGGUAUACCUGUCGGCAAGCUCGCUCUGUACACGGCUCUUGGUGGUAUCCCUCCCGAGAAGACCCUACCCAUCACAUUGGAUGUCGGAACAAACAACGAAAGCAACCUCAAUGACCCGUUGUACAUCGGACUGAAGGAGAAACGUGUCCGCGGGAAACUCUACGAAGAGUUCGUCGAAGAGUUCAUGCAGGCCGCGGUCAAGCGUUUCGGGAAAACUUGCUUAAUCCAAUUCGAGGACUUCGGGAACGCGAACGCUUUCAGCUUGUUGGCCAAGUACAAGAACUCGUACUGCACUUUCAACGACGACAUCCAGGGAACAGCUGCCGUCGCCGUGGCUGGGCUCAUCGCGUCUUUGAGAAUCACUGGACGCUCGCUCCAAGAUCAGGUUGUCCUGUUCCAGGGAGCCGGGGAAGCGGCACUGGGUAUCGCCGAUCUUCUCUGCCAAGCCAUGGUCAAGGAGGGUAUCACGGACAAGGAGGCCGCUUCGAAAAUUUGGAUGCUUGAUUCUAGAGGGCUGCUGUGCUUCGAACGUCCCGACGAAAUGAACGACCAUAAACUUAAGUACUCCAAGGAGUCGCCGUUGACGAAAGACCUCCACGAACUGGUCAAGAGGGUGAAACCGACAAUCCUCAUCGGAGCCUCGGCUCAAACCAAUGCGUUCAACGCACAGAUCCUCCAGAACAUGCUCGAAUUUUCCUCAAGACCUGUAAUUUUCGCCCUCUCAAAUCCAACUAUCAAGGCGGAAUGCACCGCUGAAGACGCCUUCGUGCAUACCAAGGGAAAAUGCGUGUUCGCUUCGGGAUCGCCUUUUCCUCCAGUCACCUACGAGGGUAAGACCUACUACCCUGGCCAGGGCAACAAUGCCUACAUUUUCCCCGGAAUCGCCCUUGCCGCAAACGCGUGUAAAGCAACUCGUAUCGACGAUGAGGUUUUCCUCAUAACUGCCAAGACGGUGGCGGAAAUGGUGUCACAGGCGGAUCUCGACGAAGGUCGAGUGUAUCCGCCUCUUUCGAAAAUCCAAGACGUAUCGUUCAAGAUCGCUGUCGCGUUGGCCCAGUACUUCUUCGACACGGGAGUGGCCACCGUAUCGCCCCAGCCCAAAGACAUGGAAAGCUUCAUCAGAAGCAAACAGUACGAUUUUAGCUAUCCUGGAACCGUGAAACUGAAUAAGUAGUUCGAUGCGAAUAGGGGCGAAUGUUUACCGAGCGAGGAUCACGUUACCGAAGCAAUGAAUUAUUGACACAUGUUGCGUUUCAACAUUAUACUGGCCAUCCUACUGUCUCCGGCUCCUGUUGUUUUGUACUUGUCGCGGCGCAGAAGGCGCUUCUGUGGAAGCCGCGAGCUUCCAUCCGAUGGUUCCGUUGAUUAGAUCGUCGUGUAAAUAAUUUCGAGCGAAAACGAUUCGAGUAGCGAGUAGAAUAAACUCCCGAUCCCAACGCGGAGCGCGACCCUCUAGAAGCUUGACGCUGAGACUCACCGAAAGUCUUUCUUGAACCGAUUGUAUUGGGACGAGAGUUUUGUCCGAGGUUUCGCUGAAAUCUUUCCCCCUGAGUGUUGUGAAGAAUUUUAAGCCGGCAAUGGGUAGGGUGGAGCGGACUUGGGAGCACAUGCAGAAGCCAUGCAGGCUCCUCGUUCACAAGCAGUCGGAUUCAAUAUUUAUCGCUAACAUUAGCUGCGACCUUGCGGUCUGAUGAUGUUUAAAAAUGACUUGGUCAAAAUUAUUCGUUGAUAUAUGCCCUCGUUAUCCUCGACUCCUCAAAUUUACGUUGUCGUUGAAUUAUUCUCUGAGAAUGUGUGUUUAUAUCGCCUGACCUAAAAAUAAAUCUACACCCACUA